GCUGGUCGGGCGGCGCGCGGCGCUUCCCCAUGGCCGCGGCGGGGGCCCCGCGGCGCUUCUGUCGCUGCGCCUGCUUCUGCUCCGAGAAUUUGUACGUGGCGCGCUACGGGCUACACGUGCGCUUCCGGGGCGAGCAGCAGCUGCUCCGGGACUACGGCCCGAUCCUGCGCAGCCGAGGCUGUGUCAGCCCCAAGGACUUCCAGCAGCUGUUAGCAGAGCUCGAGCAGGAGGUGGAGCGGCGGCGGCGGCUGGGGCAGGAGUCGGCCGCCAGGAAGGCCCUCAUUGCAAGCUCGUACCGCCCGGCGCGGCCUGACGUCUACACCUUGCUGCAGGAUGCGGCUCUGGCCCCUGAGUUCCUGGCCGCUGCGGAGUACAGCACAUCCCCGGGCGCACACCUGGAGGGCCUUCUCCGGCAGGUGGAGACGCUGUCGGAGAAGAAGAGGAUCUACCGGGUACCGGUGUUCACGGCAGCCUUCUGCCAGGCCCUGCUGGCAGAGCUGGAACACUUCGAGCAGUCAGACCUGCCCAAGGGACGACCCAACACCAUGAACAACCAUGGGGUGCUGCUCCACGAGCUAGGCCUGGAUGAGCUGCUGGUGACGCCACUGCGGGAGCGCUUCUUGCAGCCGUUGAUGGCCCUGCUGUACCCAGAGUACAGUGUGGGCCCGCUGGACAGCCACCGCGCCUUUGUGGUCAAGUAUGCACCAGGCCAGGACCGUGAGCUGGGCUGCCACUAUGAUAACGCUGAGCUCACCCUCAACGUGGCCCUGGGCAAGACCUUCACAGGGGGUGCCCUGUACUUUGGGGGCCUCUUCCAGGUGCCGGGAGCCCUGACGGAUACCCUGGAGGUGGAGCACGUGGUGGGCCAGGGCAUCCUGCACCGCGGCGGCCAGCUGCACGGGGCCCGGCCCCUGGGCACCGGCGAGCGAUGGAACCUCGUUGUCUGGCUCCGGGGCUCUGCUGUGCGCAACCGCCUCUGCCCCAUGUGCUGCCGCGAGCCCGACCUGGUGGAUGACGACGGCUUCGGUGAUGGCUUCACCCGUGAGGAGCCCGCUACAGUGGAUGUGUGCGUGCUGACUUGA